AUGCGCAUUCUUCCUCUAUUGGCCACCGUCCCAUUGGUGACUUGCGAUAUGAACUGGACUAUCCCCCUGAUGUCGUUGUCUGUGGUGCAAUACGACAGCAAGACGGAUGCGGAGGGACGAGAGACCAUGUACAUAUGGGCUGUGCCUGUCAUGCCCAAGCUUGAACCCCCGCCGGGCCCGGUCAUGGUUCUGGCGGACAUGGACAAGGACGUUGCAGACCACUUCUGUAUCACGGAUCGCUGGCACGUGUGGGUGACCGUAGUGAGUAACACAACGAGUCUGGACCAAGAGACGGAAGACAAAUUGCAUUGGGUUCCCUCCUGGUGCAAGAAAGACGGCAGGGUCCCGACUACACUAGAUAUAGAAAUUUCUGAGAUGCCCAGGUUGUUGGUGCCUGAUUCGGUCUUUGACAAAUACAAGAAGAUGGAGGACGCGGGUGAAGAGUAUUAUGUAUUGUUCAAGUCUGAUUUGUUCAGCUAUGAGAACAAAACCGAGCUGAAGUCGGUGUGCAAACCAGGGCACGACUUCCUCGGCGGCGUGAUUCCCCUCCGUGACAACCCCACUGAACCGUGGGAGCGUAUUGAGCAGUUCUUUGUGAACAAAUUUGACCCGUGUGUGCUCAUCAGACAUCCGUGCUGGUGCGCGCGGGCUCCCCAACAAUGGAACUGCGCACACUGCAGGCUGGACGACCUCUUCGGUCGGGCCUCGUUAUGCUAUCAGGCAGGCAGCGAAGCGGGAAAAUGGUGCACAGCGGUGACCUACCAGGGCUUCCCCGAGUACGAUAAACCGAAUCGACCAAUCGACGCUGAAGAAUAUCAGUACAUGCUCGAGCACCGGGAUGAUUACAAGGACCAAGGGAUCUAUUGGCUAGAUGAGGCGGGUGACGACACCCCCACGAACUGA